UGCCUACUUCAGGAUAGUGCGCAGGUGCGAGGGAUGUUUUAGUUCCUUCAGCGGUUACUCACUGCUUAAGUGCCUGGUUUGGUGGUAACGGCAGCUAGCGGUUACUCACUGCUUAAGUGCCUGGUUUGGUGGUAACGGCAGCUGGGAGGGUUCGAGGUCGUUUGUCCGUUGGCUCCGUCAUGUUGUUUUGUGCUGCAUCCCUGUGACUUUACUUGUCCAUCGCACUGGGUGGGGAAGCGGGCGGACACCAGGAUGGGUUGUCGAUGUCAAGCUGGGCAGUAGAAGCCUGCUGUGUGUGUGUUCACUGUUAGCGGUGGGGAGGAUGAGCCGCCUAUGCUCCCCGAACCGGCCCUGCACUCUGCUCCUGCUGGCUUUCCUCCAGUUGGCUUUCGUCCUGUUCCUCUACCGCCGGAGCCUCUCCGGCUUCUUCACCAGCUCCUUGUACGAAGAGGAUCGCGGCGGUCACUGGGAUUACUCCAAAACUCACGAUGUUUACACCAACCUCAGCUUGGUGACCCCAAGCCCAGACAGGCAAACUUUAAGCAGGUGUCUGGACGAGUCGCCGCUGCUUGUUGGACCACUGACUAUCAGCUUUCAGAAAAUUCCAGUUAUGAGCAAAAUUGCAAGAAAAAAUCCCUAUGUUCAAGCUGGUGGACGGUACUCUCCCCCACACUGCAAAGCUCAAUAUAAAACAGCUAUCCUUGUUCCUCAUCGCAACAGGGAGCCACAUCUGCGUCAUCUUCUCUAUUACCUUCAUCCAUUCUUGCAGCGCCAACAGCUUCAGUAUGCAAUAUAUGUCAUCCACCAGACUGGAAAUCGAACCUUUAACAGAGCAAAGUUACUUAAUGUUGGAGUGAGAGAAGCAUUAAAGGAUGAAGACUGGGACUGUCUGUUUCUACAUGAUGUUGAUCUUAUUCCGGAGAAUGAUCAUAAUCUGUACAUCUGCAAUGAGGAAUACCCCAAGCAUGUGUCCAGUGCUAUGAAUAAAUUUGAGUACAGAUUACCAUACAAGAUGUAUUUUGGUGGUGUUUCGGCCUUGACCCCUGAUCAGUACUUGAGGAUUAAUGGCUUCCCAAACACAUACUGGGGUUGGGGUGGAGAAGAUGAUGACAUCUCAGCUCGGAUUUAUUUAGCAGGAAUGAAGAUAAUUCGAACUCCCCUCUCCCUUGGACAUUACAAAAUGAUAUCUCACAGCUUGGAUGUGGGUAACGAGAAAAAUGAGAAAAGAUUUGACAUGGUAGUAAAAGUAGCCCGGUCAUGGCGACUUGAUGGGAUGAAUUCCGUAGACUACAACUUGCUUCAUAAGGAAGAGCUUCCUUUGUACACCAACAUCACUGUGGACUUUGGAAACAGUGCAAAAGAACAGCCAAACGUCAAUUAACAAAUGCUUGUCCCUUAAAAGUCACUAAUACAAUUCAAGAUGUCUAAGGGAAAAUGGUAGUGCUUAUUGGGUAUAAAUAAAAUCCAGAGAAAUCUACCGAUUAAGAAACCCAUCAAAAUUCAAUGAUAUGAUGCACUUGCUGCUGUCUUCUCAUGUUCAACAGAUUUUCCCAAAUUAUGACUUUAAGAAAUUUUGGCCUUCAGUGCUUUCGGACAAUGUGGGUGAAGAACCUCCUGUUUCAUUUCACUUAGUAUUUUGUAAAUAUUAAUGCCUAUUCAUGAAACUUGAAAUGUUUGAUUGUGGUAUUUGGAAUGAGGCCUUUCAAAUAGGUUAUUUGUGUUGGGAAAAAAAUGGCAAAUAUUGGCAAUGUGCAUGGUCAACUUGACAAUUAAAUAGUGCCUGUGUUGCAUUUAGUAAAUCAAAAUGAAGAACUAAAGGCAGUUAAUAAAUCCUAAUAAAUCCAUGCAGAAAAUUCAAGCUGUUAAUGGUCCUGUUUAUUUUUCUAAUUACAUAUAUUAAGAGAAUUGUAUCAGGACUACAUUUCAGCUCAUUUUAUUGCAAUCUAAUGAAAACACUUUUUCACUAGUAUUAUAUUUUUAUCGCACUAAUAAUACAAGGCAUACUUGUUCAGUUUACCAGAUUUGCUGAAACAUGUAUUCUUAACAGCAUAUAUAAUAUAAUUGUACUAUGGAGGCAUUUAUUGCUAGUUAACUUGUUACAAAUUUGUUCUAUGGAUGUUUCAUUCUAUCUUUUCUGAAAAGAUGCCUGGGACUGCAUUGGUAGCUCUGACACAGUUACUUGCAUAUGUCAUUAUCAAUUUAAUAUUAAAUAUAUCUAUCUAUGCUUCUGUAUCAGUUUGAGCAUGUGUUUUGUAGUUUCUACGAUUUGCUUUUUUAAGAGCUUUCAAAUCGAACUUUAUGCAUCAAAUAACAGUUUUGUGCUUGAAUAUUGCUAGUUACUACUUUGAUUUUCGUGUUGAGCUCGUCAAGGAGUUAAUACUUGUAGACUCAGGUCAGUGUUGCCUACCCAAGAUUCUGUGCUUUGUUUCCCAUCCUCAUGUCUUAUUUUCUGUUGUUGUUUUCAUUAUUUGCAUGUUUCUUGUCAAUAACUGAGUUGCUGUCUACUUGGCCUCUUAAAGGAUGGACCAAUAUAAUUCAAUGACAGUAGUUUUUCUGAUCUCUGCUCUGCUGUCUGCUUGUGAAGCCUGAAUUUCAACUAGCAAAAUCGUUGAGCUCAUGUUCUGUAAUGAGCUGAUCACAAACCGAAAUACACUUUUGUUCAUACCUUAUUAUGCACAGACUAAUUACAUAAUACCUGACUCUGGUAUUUCAGUCAGUUUUGCCUUCUUAAAGCACUUAUUCUUCCGCAGAGAAUAAGUGUCUUAAAGCCACUAUCUGUGUAUAAACUUCCCAAGACUUCCAGGUGCUGUGGAAGUAGCAAACAAUUGAAAUGAUUGACUGACUACUUAAAAUCACAGGCAUUUCACACCCACAAAGGGCCUAAAGCCCUUUCUGUUAAUUGAGAUUUGAAACGUACAAUGACAUAGCACAAGGAAGCCGUUCAGCCCACUGUAUAGGUGUACCAUCUGGAAGAAUGAAUGAUUCGUUUAACUUCACUGAUCUUUCCCCAAAACCUUGCAAGUUCCUUCCUUUAAGUAUUAAAUCUAAUUCGCUUUUGCAUCUGAUUUCAGCAAUGCAUUUUAUUUCUUGCUUACUGAAGGUAAAUCUCAUUUCCCUGUCUUAAGCCUGUCUUAUCUGGUCAUUGACUUCCAUUUCUCUUCAUUCAUUUGAUUUAAAAGCUUUAAUUUUGCAUAUCUUAUAAAUUUCCCCUCAAUUUUCUAUGCUGUAUGCAAAAGAAUUCCAUUGUUUGUAGUGUCCCUUCAGAUAAUCAACUUCAAUGGUAUUGUUAAGCUCCGCACUCUUGCAAGGUCUUGAUGUUCUUUCCAAAGUGUGGUCAUUUGUCUUUUUGAUAAUACUUCACCUGAGCACACAAUACAUGCUCACUAAAUGUAAGGAAUACCCAGAGAUCUAAUAUUUUUUGAGCUUGGGUGAUGGUGAAUAUAGUCACUAGAUACAAAUUUCAUCACCCAUCUCAUUUCCUACCUUUGGUAAGUGUUUGAUGCAUUGAUUAGUCAACAACUCCAUUACCAAACAGUUUCUAUAAAUUGGGCUGUAACAUGGUUGGACAUUAUACUGCAGCUAUAAAUAGGAGCAGGAGUUGACCAUUUGGCCUUUUGCAAGAUUUGAUUCAUACAGUAAGUUUUUGGCUGAUGUAAUUGUUAGCCUUAAUUUCACCCUUCUGGCUGUCCCCACAACUCCCGACCCCAAAAAAUCUAUCUCAGCUUUUGAAUUUAUUUGAAGACCUAGCUUCCACAAAUCUGUGAAGCAAAUCAGUGGUGGAAUGCUUUUCAAACUAUAGGUCCAAAGUCACUUGAUCUUCCCAAGCAUGUCAUGCUUACUGUGUGCCAUGUUUCAAAUAAAAUGAACGUACUGGAAAAUCAAAUUUGAAAUUGAGAUUUUGGACUUUUUUUUUCAGGUGCUAACUGGCCUGUGCAUUUUUUUUGUAUGUAUAUACAAAAGGGAAACUACACCUUUUCUAGAUUAACAGUUUUCAUUUUGGUUUAACAAUUUUAGAUUUUCCUGUGGAAACUUGGAAAUCUUUAGAUAAAGGUAGUCAUGUCUUUGUUUAAAGCUGGAGUUGCUUAGCAAAUGCUGCCCACACUUGCACAUUUUAUGACCGGUACAUAAUUUUCAAGUAGCUGAAAAUUAUUCAAUUUUAAUGCUAAAAUUUGAUAUUCUUUAGAUUGUGCAAUACAUAACUUUAUCUCACUUACCCUCUGUUAGAUCACUUUAGGAGACAUCACUUUUGAAAAGACAUAUUAAUGUCAACAAGUCUCAUACUGUUACAUUUUACAAACUGGGGAAGUGCUGUAAAAUUCAGAUGUUGAUUUCAUUGUGAUAAGAGCAGUAGUCCAUUUUAUUAGAUGCAUGUUAUGAAAACCACCUCCUAUCAAUCCGAACACUUACCUCAUGCCAUUGUAAACUAUGCUUAUACCAUGAAUACUGCUGUUCAGCAGUUUCAGAAUUUGCAAUUCCUAUCCUUCUGAUUAUCAUUACUUGGUAUUCUCCUUCUAAAUGUGUUUUUUGUGUGUAUAUGAGAGCAAGUUGAGUUGUUUCCAAAUUCUUAUCAUAUUGAAUGCAAGUUUGAUCAAUAGUUUCUCAAUUUUCUGCAAUGUAUGUAAGAAUUAUCUGUACAUAAUUUUUGGUAUUUUCCUGAUUCAGUAAAGACAUGUACACAGUUUUGUGAAAUCGCUUAUUGAACUAGUUAUUUAUUGAAAUGUAAAGAAGGGGAGUAAUGAAAUUAUGGCAACAAUUAAUGUCUACAGUACUUGAGUAAAUGCUGUAUGCAAAGCUGUAAAUACAACCUGUUUUCAUGUUUUAUUUUACUAACUUGAUACAUUUAAUGCAAUAUAAGUGUUGGUUUUAAACAAUCUUAAUUGUAGAUGCACGGAAUGGACAGUGUUAAUGACUAAUAACUGCUAGCUCUCACAACAAAGUCUGCUUAUAUUUAACCUUCAGCAACCCAGACAUGUUUUUUUUAUGUUCGUGCUGAAGUACAGGUUCCUGAAUACUUGAAGUAAAUGUGCUUCUGAUGUUUGGAAACCUUUUAUUUUGAACUUUGUUACCUUGCCUUUUACAUUGUGGAAUUUUUUUUAGCAGGUUUUUCAAAAAAAAAGUUGAACUUGACAAUCUAAGACUAUUCCACAUGUUUCUCUUGCAACUGUUGUGGUUUCUACUUCCUACCAAACCCGUUACUCAUCCGUAAGUGCAUUCAGCUGCUGUGUAUGU